AUGUCUGCAAAGAGUCCCAAAAGCAAUUCACCGAAGUCACCUCAGUCUCCACAAAGGGAUGUACCCGCCGCUGCCCAUACGAUUGAGGUCGAUGAUGAUGUAGAGGAGGAUGAAGAUGAUCCAGGUCUUGGGGCCGACGCCGAAAGUUCCACCGCUUCUAUCACAUCGAGCAUUCUGCACUACCGCACCAUCAAUGGGAGGACGUACCACAGCGAGAGAGGAAACGCAGCCUACUGGGGUUCCAACGAUGAGCGACAAAGCGAGGCUAUGGAUAUCGCUCAUCACAUGUUUACGCUUGCACAAGAUGGUGAAUUGCACCUUGCCCCAUUGAAAGAUGAUAUUCAGAAAGUCCUCGACGUAGGAUGCGGAACAGGAAUUUGGGCAAUUGAUUUCGCCGACAAGUACCCCAGCUGCGAAGUUAUCGGUACCGAUAUUUCGCCUAUCCAACCUUCAUGGGUACCACCGAAUGUGAAAUUUGAGAUCGAAGACUGCAGCCAAGACUGGACUUACCCUCCAGAUUCCUUCGACUACGUACACUUGCGAUACCUGGUUGGAUGUAUUCCUGACUGGGACAAGCUCUUUCAAGAAGCUUACAAGGUCCUCAAGCCAGGUGGUUGGAUCGAAACCUUUGAAGCCUCACCGACGAUCGAAAGUGACGAUGGUACUGUUAAACCAGACUCGGCAAUGGCGCAGUGGGCCCCUAUCUUUAUCGAAGCCUCGAAGAAGAUUGGAAAUACCUUCACGGUUAUUGCGGAUGACAUCCAACGGUCAGGCAUCGAGAGAGCUGGUUUCAUUGACGUCAAUCAAUGGGAUUCAAAGCAACCCUUGAAUCCCUUUCCUAAGGACCCAAAGCUCAAAGAGAUAGGACACGGAGGGAUACUGGAUAUCGUGUCGGCACUGUUCUACGCGAUUCUGCCUAUUUUCUUGCUCAAGGGGUUGCAGAUGGGCCUCCGGACCAAGAUAGCCAUUAUAAUAUUGUUGGGACUUGGCGCAGGUACUGUUAUUGUCAGUAUUGUGCGGCUGAAGAGUCUGAUCCAAAUCGUCGGAUCUAAGGAUAUUGCUGCUGCAUUGGACCUCCAGCUCGACUCUGUCCUCGAGUUCGGUAUCUCUAUCUUAACCGCUUCCUUGGUUGCCUUCCGCCCUCUCAUCAAGUAUAUGCCUUUCGGCAGUCAUGGACGUAGUUCCAGCCCGGGGGGGCAUACUGGGGAAGGCUCUCGUGGUCCAGGGGCCAGCGGCUCAAACAAUUUCGAAAUGAACCGUCGUAAAUACAUCCACGUUUCUGACCCGAACCGCGUGGACUCUGACGAUGGGGACAGCCAACGCAACAUCUUACCAGAUGCAGAUAAUGGCAGAGACUGGAAGAAAACUGACGCUACCAUAACGCCAAAAGACAAAUAG